GAAGGAGCUGUGGGGUCCAGCCUGGCGCCCCCUCCCAGAGGUUAUACAACAAUCAAGAGGCAAAUGAAAGAGGGUUCUUCAUCAAGCAUUCCUGAUUAAGCUAUAAAAAUGGAAUUGAAGGUUGUUAUGCCCUUUUGUAUGGUGAAUCCAGCCGUGGGCAGUGUGUUCUGUUCUUCACUUCCAGUGAGUCAGAGUUUUAUAAAUGGACACUGACAUGGACUACGAAAGGCCCAACGUUGAAACCAUCAAGUGUGUGGUCGUGGGGGACAAUGCUGUGGGGAAGACACGUCUGAUCUGUGCCAGGGCAUGUAAUACCACGCUGACGCAGUACCAGCUGCUGGCCACCCAUGUACCAACUGUGUGGGCGAUCGACCAGUACCGAGUUUGCCAGGAGGUCCUAGAGCGUUCCCGGGAUGUUGUCGAUGAAGUAAGCGUUUCUCUUAGACUUUGGGAUACUUUUGGUGAUCAUCACAAAGACAGACGUUUUGCAUAUGGCAGAUCUGAUGUUGUGGUACUCUGUUUUUCCAUCGCUAAUCCCAAUUCCCUAAAUCAUGUGAAAACCAUGUGGUAUCAAGAAAUCAAACACUUUUGCCCUCGCACACCUGUUGUCUUAGUUGGCUGCCAGCUGGAUCUCCGCUAUGCUGAUCUGGAGGCUGUUAAUCGAGCCAGACGCCCAUUAGCCAGGCCCAUAAAGAGAGGGGAUAUUUUGCCCCCAGAAAAAGGCCGAGAGGUUGCCAAGGAACUUGGUAUCCCAUACUAUGAGACAAGUGUAUUUGACCAAUUUGGAAUCAAGGAUGUGUUUGACAACGCAAUCCGUGCAGCGCUAAUUUCACGCCGGCACCUUCAGUUCUGGAAAUCCCACUUAAAGAAAGUCCAGAAGCCCUUACUUCAGGCACCUUUCCUACCUCCAAAGGCCCCUCCACCGGUCAUCAGAAUUCCAGACUGUCCUUCCACAGGGAUGAAUGAAGCCGCCUGUUUACUGGACAAUCCUCUGUGUGCCGAUGUCCUGUUCAUUCUUCAGGAUCAGGAGCACAUCUUUGCGCAUCGAAUUUACCUUGCUACCUCUUCUUCCAAGUUUUACGAUCUUUUUUUAAUGGAACGUGAAGAAUCCCCAAAUUGGGGUGAGGGAGUUUGUGAGCAAGAGAGGCAAAGUAAGGAUCUCCAGGAACAGAUGCUGAGUCUUGACCCAGAUGAGGAAGGGCAGGAGGGCCCCCCAAGGACACCGCAGGCUGAUGAAGGGACCUUCUCCAGCAAGGACUUGCCAGACAGUUUAGGACUGGAAGAGGGCACAGUUGCUGAGAUGCAGAAUUUGUCAGGCUGGAGUAAAGGGUUCAUCAGCAUACACAAGGAAAUGCAAGUCAAUCCCAUCUCCAAACGUGUGGGCACCAUGACAAUAGUCCGGAUGGACUCGUCUGUACAGUCAGGCCCUUUCCGGACCUUGCUCCAGUUUUUAUAUACAGGGCAACUGGAUGAAAAGGAAAAGGAUUUAGUGGGGCUAGCCCAGAUCGCAGAGGUACUAGAGAUGUUUGACUUGAGGAUGAUGGUGGAAAACAUCAUGAACAAGGAAGCCUUUAUGAACCAGGAGAUUACGAAAGCCUUUCAUGUCAGGAAAGCCAACCGGAUAAAAGAAUGUCUCAGCAAGGGGACCUUCUCAGAUGUGACAUUUACCUUGGAUGAUGGAGCCAUCAGUGCCCACAAGCCACUGCUGAUCUGUAGCUGUGAGUGGAUGGCCGCCAUGUUUGGGGGAUCCUUUGUGGAAAGUGCCAAAAGUGAGGUAUAUCUCCCGAACAUAAACAAGAUGUCAAUGCAAGCAGUGUUGGAUUAUCUCUAUACCAAGCAGUUGUCCCCCACCUUGGAUCUGGAUCCACUGGAACUAAUUGCCUUGGCAAACAGAUUUUGCCUGCCACACUUGGUUGCACUGGCAGAACAGCAUGCCGUUCAGGAGCUGACCAAGGCCGCAGUGAGUGGUGUGGGCAUCGAUGGCGAAGUGCUCUCUUACUUGGAACUGGCCCAGUUUCACAAUGCUAACCAAUUGGCUGCCUGGUGUUUGCACCACAUCUGCACCAACUACAACAGUGUGUGCUCCAAGUUCCGCAAAGAAAUCAAAUCUAAAUCCGCAGAAAACCAGGAGUACUUCGAACGGCACCGCUGGCCCCCAGUGUGGUACCUGAAGGAGGAAGACCACUACCAGCGAGUAAAAAGGGAGCGGGAGAAGGAAGAUAUCGCAUUGAAUAAACAUCACUCAAGACGAAAGUGGUGCUUCUGGAAUUCAUCUCCAGCAGUGGCCUGAAGAGGAAGAGAGAAGACACCCAGUAAAUGUGAUACUCCACUUUUAAAAGCACUACUGUAAAAUUAGUCUUCUGAUUAGAGAUAUGACUGUAGUUCAGGUUUCAGGCACUGACCUUCCUCCACUUUUGUGCAUUUCUCUUCCUUAGGAUCAAAGCACAAGCUCACCAUCAAUGAGCCUGGACAAAACAAAACAAACAAACAAAAAAAAAGGGAAACUGACUCUCACUGCAUUCCUUAAACUGAUAGGUAUAUUUUUCUGUUAGGGAGGCUUAAUAAACUUUAGUCCGUUAUUUUGUUUCUUUUUAUACAAAAAAAAAAUCCAGCUUUCAUGUUUCAGAUUCCAAAUUGGAAACUAUUUUUAUAUGGUCUCUUGUAUUUUGUUGAAAUGAAAAUACUAUGUAUUACUUUAUUUUACAGGCCACAAAUUGACCAUGAAGUUGCCCACAAGGCUAAGCAUCAUUACAUAAUUAGAGGGUUAUCCUUUUUGUUUGUGUGAUGUAAAGGGUUGGAUUGAAAUCCCCCAGAGCGCAAGCUGAAAGUGCUUAAUCUUUGUGCUGCUGGAUAACAUCGGUAUAAUUACCAACUCUACUCAAAGAAUGUGUAUUUACAAUAUUUGCUGUGUAAGUGCUAGUAAUUAUAUGGUUCUAUGUGCCAUGUAAAAUAUAGUGAUAGCAAAUA